GACGGCGUUGCGUUGCGCAAAUUAUAAUUUUUGACUCUCACUCUUUGCGGCUGCCAUGUUUUUUUUCAUGUGGGGUGUGUGUGUAUAGAAAAUAUCAUGAUAAUUUCCCCAUAUAAACUACUAAGGCAUUAAAGGGGUGCACGAAGUGCGUCAUUCGGUAGAGCUAGUGAAAAUGAGCAAAUUUUACUAAGGCGACCGCCAAUACGAGAGUGAAGCAAAUCCCACUAGCAAAGAAAACGCCAAAGAAACAUUUAAGAAUGUAUUAGUAAGGUGGCAUCAUAAAGGAUCGAUAUUAGCACACGGCCCCCGGCAAUUGAAAAAUGGACACUCGAUUUUUGAGCAUGAUGAUUGUGUUUGAUAGCGAUAGAUAUUCCACCGGGCAGGAUGCGUAAGCAUAAGAGACGGAGCCAGGCUUCUGCCUGCUGGCCUGCCACGUCAAAAGAACUGCACCCAACUCCGCGCGCCUUCUGAUACCUGCUAACUUAAAACAGAGGAUAUGCAGUGCCCAAUUGUUCAGAAAAGGGACAGUAACCGCGGGAACGUUAAAAUGAAGACUAUUAACGAUUUUAAGAAUCCUUACAGAAAGGAGUCUAAUCUGGACAACAUUGUUGAUCAGCUCUGCACCAGACUUCAAGAUAUCAAAGAUCAAGAAGGUGCAUCUCUUGUAGGCAUGCCCACUUGUUCUCUAGAACAAACAGAGGCUGUGCGUCGAUACUACGCUGCAUUCCCGGCUCUGAAGAAAGGAGAAGAGUCGCCAUUGCAGUACUAUCUGCCGCCACCAGCCUGGUGUCGUAAAGCUACACCUGAAGCAAAAGUCAAAAUGCAAAGUGAACUGCUAAUGUCGAAGGAUUGGAAUUCCAAAAAUAAAAAGUAUUCGUCAGGCAAGGAGCGUAGGAACUCUUACCACAGUCAAAAAAAGAACAAUAGAAAGCGCUACAACAGUUACAGUCGGUCCUUCGAGAAAGAGCAUCUGCCUGAGUGGAUGACUCACGAAGAGGUGUGGGACAUGGAAUCUCAGGAUCCGGUCAAGGAGUUCAUCAGAGCUAUAGCUUUGGACGAGGGGUAUGGCACAUGCGAGAACACGAUGACUGAUGAGCUCAAAGAGAUAACUCAAGCAAAACUCAGAUUAAACGAGAACAUGGUGCCCAACUGGGAUGACAGCCUCGACCUCGACGCCGAGUGGGUCAUCACCGAUGACCUCAAGCCGCGCGUUCGCACCCCAAUGGAGGAAGAACUUUACGCCAAGUUCGAGGCGAAGUUCGAUCGGAGCAUCGAGGCCCUGUGGUCCAAGGACCAAAACACUCCCGACGAUGAGUACCAGGACCUACCGAUCGACUUCCAAGAUUUACUCUCCUCACCCUCCGAUCAUCUGUUUGCCGAUCCGUCCGCAGAAAAAUGCAGUCUCGUCUCAUUGAACGAAAGCAUCUGGUCAACUGCUGAAAUCGUGACUGCCGUCCGCGCAGACUCUCCCACGAGAAUCGCCGAGCGCCUCCGUCCGCUUACCAUCGAGGACAAUGCGGAGCCGCCCUGCCCGCGCGAGAUCGAGUCCUUCACGCUGUACGAGGGCCAGGAGCUCUUCGACGCCCUCUCCACGGUCGCGCAAACGAUGCGCUCCUUCACCGCCAUCAACCACAGCCGCGACCGCAGCGGCUUCGUGGAGGUGCCGCCGCGUCGCCGCCUCGCAGAGCCUUUGCCGCUCGUUCCCCUACCACUCCCGCCACCGCUCGUGGCCCCGGCGCUGCCCGCGCCCGCCGACGGCAGUAACGCGCUCAGCUCGGCGCGCACACACUUCCGCCCCAUCCGCCGGGAGACGGACACGGAGGCCACGCGUUACGCGGACGGCGACACGUUCGACAUCCGCGGGGACCUCGACCCGAUCGAGUUCCGGCGCAGCGAGUCCGGCGGCGUGUACCUCGAGGGCACGCUCGAGCGGUAUCUCGAGUACCGUGUCGCGAGGAGCAUCGAUUACGGCCGGCUCAACCUGACGGCGGCGCAGCGUUGCCCGGACCUCGACGACCCGGGUUUCCGGCUGCGCUUCCCGGUGCGGCAGACCGACGUGGGCUCGCAGACGGAGCGGCGCCCCGACGCGUGGGAGUGCGACGAGUGCGGCGGCUGCGCCAAGAAGAUGCGCCCCAGCGCCAUCCACAGCAUCUGGAGCGAGCACGCGUGCCGCUGCGAGGGCGUCGGCGCGGACGACGGCGCGGCGGAGCGCGGCGCGGCGCCCGCGCCCGAGGAGUCGCGCGAAUGGGAGGAGCUGCUGCAGGACAUCAGCGCAGCGCACCGCCUGUACGCGGCCGAGGCGGGCGCGGAGCCGGACGAGACGCCGAGCGCGGACCGCAAGCGACGCCACAGCGCCGCGCUGCGCUGCGCCGCGCCGUGCUCGCACCCGCACGCGCGCUUCCUGCACUGCUGCGCGGCCGCGCUCGACCGCCCGCUCACGCGCUGACGCGCCCGCCCGCCGCUCGCCGCCGAGACAUUCGAUGUAGACUCGUUUAAUACGAUACUAUCGUUUAAUUAGAUGCCCUAUUAAAACCUUUACUUGUUUAGUUUUUAACUUCACAAAGUCGAUAGUGCAUCGACUCAUAUUUUUUACCUAUAAGUGCCUUCUCCGCAAUGGCUCCCCGAUUAUUAGAAAUUUUUUGACAAAUUUCCCUUCCGGAAAUGCUCUACGGCAACCGCGACGAUCGAAUUUCUCGGUAGGCGUUUCUGUCGCUUACGUUUCAGUGAACCGUUUCCGGUGAUGUUUUAUUUCGUGUGCGACAUAUUAACGAUUAGCAGAUAUAUUUCUUGUGUUGGUGGCGAGUUAACGACUAGAGGCCACUUUAACGUAGUAUUUGCAGAAACUUCAUCUAGUAUUAGCAUCUCAUUCUACUCUCAUUACCGAGCGUAUGCGAUGCAUAGAGGAAAAUAUCGGCCUUCCGAACUGUUAAUAAUGAAACCACAACUUCGUUACGUGAAUAUUGUGUCAAGGUGGCCUCUAUCGAUUAUUUCCUUUACUGAACGAUUAUAUUCCGUUCACUGUAUAUAUCGUCUAUCGAAGCUAUUCUUGUUCGAAAUAAAUAUUUAAAGUAAUUAAGUGAUUCUCUUUUGUUACGAUCACACAUGUGUGCGAGUAAAAAAAAGAGGGUAUAUGCAGUAUAAAAUCGCAAACAAUUCAAUUACGUUUGUCGUUAAUUAACGACUGCCGGUUUCGAGUGUCAUUAAAAUUCGGAAAAGCAAUAAUAGUUAGAUUAAAACCCCUUGACAUUCGUAAUGGAAGUCGAGUUAGGUUAUAUAAAGUUUGUACUAACAUAUCUUGCGAUAGGUGUUGAGAGAUGGAAUAUAAUAAAACAAUAUUUUAGUUCAAUGUUUUCUUUUUAGCGAUUUUAUAUUGUUGUAGGCGUGUUCGAUGAAAUGCUGACGCUUUUAAAAUAUUAAUUUCAAUUAUACAUUAUAUAUGUUGACAAGGAAUUCUUUAAAUCAUGAUCUAAUUAUAAUUAUACAAAAAAAAAAAAAUUCGGCCAGUUUAUUUAUUGCAAACGUUUACACGUUUAAAAUAUACAUAUUGUGUAUAUGGUACUCAUGAAUUCUGAAUACCCAAGCAUUAGCAUUUCAUAUCGAGCACAUAGGACGAUUCUAAUAUAAUUCUUACAAUGAUAUCGUCCCAAGUUUAAAAGAUUUGUUAAUAUGAGAAACUAGUUAAAAAGGACAGGUAUUUUAUUUUUUGUUAGUACAUUUUCGUUUAUGUUUUCAGGCAAUCGAGAUUUCAUUCAAAAAUUUUUAUAUGGUAGAAAAAAAUUGUUUUCUGUUACGGAAUUUUUGAAGAUGGUUGGGGCGGGGACGCAUCCUGGACCGCCGGUGUUGAAAUGGCGCGCAGGUACCACCCGUAUUCAGAUAUUACUACGAGCUCGCACAGUGUACGUUAGUGACUUCACUUCAUCUAAAAUCUGAUUAGCGGAACCUACACUGUGCAUCGCAUGCGCUGUUUGACGUAGUCAUGUUUUUGAAUAUGGGUGUAAAACGCCCGUAAGUUGAAACCGUUAUAAACGAUUUUCACAUUUUUGUUGUAUACAAAUUCUAAAAUAAGUCGACAUAAAUCUAAAAGUAGUGCCAUCAUUUUCUAAACAAAGCAUCGUGAAAAGGAUGGCAUUUUGUACUUUUAAUGUCCAAUUUGUGGUUUGUAUAUGACCAAAUAAUAUGCUAGAACAGAACUAAAAUAACUCUGGCAUUGAAAUCUUAACUAGCACGCAAUACAUUCUGUGACAAAAAUUUUGACACAUAAUGGUUCUGUCAACGUAAUAUACACAGCUGAACUCGAAGUGGAUUUUGGUCGAGCUUUUAACUAACUAAGCAUUCUAAAUGACCUUUGUUCGCGUGACGCAGUACAGAAUAAACUCCACGUGAGUUCAACCGUUUAUGUAUAUUGUUAAUAUGAAUUUCACUCAGUUUGACUCUAAAAUAAGGUAACAUAACCAAAUGAGGAUCACUGAUUAUUGAGAUCAGAAUUUAGAAUGAAAAGAUCGGCUAGAAUGAAUGACUGCCGCACAGCAUCUGAUCCUAUCUGAAUAUAUCUUAUUAAAGAUCACUUAUCAUACACGUAUCUGGUGUAAGUGCCCUAAUUCUAUGACAUUCAAUUCGACAUCAGUUGACAAAUUGUGUGUCACAAAAUGUGUAUUGCGCGUCGUGAUGUCAAAGUCGGAGAAUCAGGUUUCAACUUACGCUCCGGCAAUUUCUGUACAUUUAUUUGUCCAACACUGUAUUGCCGGCAACAUUGCCGGCAUGCUGUCUAGGUGCUAUAUAUAUUAUAUUAGUAUUCGUUAUUAGAAGGCGGUGGACGGUUUGUUUUGAUGGUUUGUCCACGUCCAUUGUACGUCUAAGAUUUAUACGCGGCGAUUUUAUUGAUUUGCCGCAUAAUGUAAUGGUAAGUUGGCAGACGAGUGGUUUAGGACGAUGGUUUGAUCAGAAUGAUUGUAGAUGGCACACGCGUCUGCCCGAUAGAGAUAAAAGUGUAAAGUUUUUUCUAUGAUGUUGGACAAUUAACUCUGGGGGGCUUGUGUAGCCCUCAAAGAGUUUUAUAUUGACGAUGGUGGAUUGUGUUGUCUUGAUAGUAGUACCAGCUGCCACUGUUCAAUGUUUUACUUUUUUUUACACCUAUCUUCAUAAUGUAUUUUCAAAGUGUUACAAUGCUUAGACUUUACUUUAUUAUAUUCCGUAUAAAAAAACAGUGCCAUCUGUCGGACAAAAAAGUAAGACCACUAUACCAAAUAUGCAACAGCAAGUUGGAUUUGAUUUAUUUUCCAUAGAACCUGGUAUCUGUAUUUAUAUGUCAUUCAAAUUAAAACUUUAAUCUGUACUUUUUCUCCUAUUGUUAUACAUUCUUAAACCAUGGUUAUUGAAUUGCAAAUAUGUUUAUGUAUCUAUCGUACAUAAAAUUUGUUCGUGUAACUUAAUUGUUACUAAGUCCAUCAAGGAAAAUAUGGAACAGUGGCAGAUAUUAAAUUGUAAUAUAAUUUACAGCUCCAGAUAAUGGUAACAGUUCAUGUAGGCGUAACUGUUAUUGGAUAGUUUAUGUAAAGCAUAAGAAGUGUAUGUUAUAUUUUCAUUUUUGUGGGGAUCUAUGCGUCAUGUUUUGGUGCUUUGUUGUGUAGAGUACAAUUUUACAGCUUAUUUAGCGAUUUUAUUCGCUUGUAAAAUUGUCACUCUAUACGGGAUCCCGUAUAUAUUAUUAUCAUUUUAUUUAUUUCAUUAAAAUGCCUUCCGUAGUUACAUUCUUGUUUCAUAUAUAUCUUUCGGAGACUUUGCAACUUUUUGUCGUGUUUAUAUAUAAAAUAUUCUUUGUUCCUGUAGUGUGAUUUACUUCUGUUUGUAAUAACUGAAAAUAUAAAAAAAAAAGAAUAAAAAAAAAAUAUGUCAUUGCAAAAAUUGCAUCGGUAUGGGCUAUUAAUGUAUAUAUUGAAUAUAUUGUGAAAUUUUAUCUAUAAGCAAUUUCAGUUGUAUCUAUUAUUACUUUGUUAUUUCAUUUUAUUAUCAUCUCAGUAAUGUGAACAGUAAGACGUAGAUGUUCCAUCUUAUGAGUCGUAAAAAUCCUAGUAUCCCAUAAAUUUCGUUUUGCAUGUUUUCGUCAAGUCAGUUUAAAAUAUUUCGCAACAACAUUCUGUAUUUCUCAGUUGUAACUCAUUAGUAAAGUUGGUAUCUUUUUCACAUGAAAACUAAAAAUCAACCAAAAGAGUUAAUUUAUGUAAACAAACUUAGUUAUUUGCUUGUUAGAGAAAAGGACACAUUCUAAUGUUUUUAUGUUGUAGUAUGUUUUUCUCUCACGAAAAUAAUAUCGUCAAGGUUUGAUAGCAUUAAUUAUCUAUUUUCGAUCUUUGUUUAUUUAAGAGUUUCUCUUGUACUAUUUUGUGUCACGUAAUUUUAUGGUUUCAUCGCAGUCUUUCAUCUUCAGUCAUAGUUCAUAUUGUAUUGUACUUAUUCCAUUAACGAUAUUCGCUAAAGGUUACAUGGAGAAAAAAAAGUAGAAAAUCAGAAAAAAAAAAUUGAUACAAGUUCUCAUAUAAUAUUAUGUUUGAUUAGAGAUUAAUCUUAUGUAAUGUACUUGUGAUUUUGUAUUACGUCCACAACACCUUGGACUGUUGUUUUGAGACAACAUAAUUGUUGUUGAAUGCAACAGGGGUUCGCGGCGACCUUUAAACGGGGGCAUUAAAUCCAGGUUGUUGCGGAUCCAUAAACUUAACACGACCCAAUAAAGCCAUUGAGGCAAUCAUCCGAUACUAUUUCCUCAACACUAAAUGCCACAAUCGCUUUAUUGGGUGCUGUGUUAUCUUUGCCUCUCGGUUUCAUAUCGUCGCUUAGGUAACAACAUCGCGCAAGUCAUUAAUUACGACUUCAAUCAGGACACAAAAAGCACUCUUUAUAAUUUAUUCAAUAAUCAAACAAUAAAUCCAUCAAUAUUCGUAAGAAAAACCUUAAAAUUACACAAUACAGAUGGAUUUACCAUGCGAUGUUCGUAUAAAAUUAUAGAGCGAGUAUUAAUUUUUGCUAAUUUGACUUCAUAUGCUGUGUCGUUAACUAAGCCACUAUAUGUGAUAAAUGUGCUAUUGUUUAGAAUGAACACAAGUCAUUUUGUUUAUUUUAACGCUUAAUUUAGGCAGACAGGAUCAAGUAUAGUAAUUGGUACCCUAUUUUUAAAUACGUGGCAAAUAGGUGUCGUAAAAUGCGCGACGUUUCUUUUUGACCGUCCUCCCUGGUGCAGUCUAUUAUGCGGUCAACAGUCUCUUUAGUUCUGAAUCCUCCGUGUAAGUUCUUUUAAAACAAUAGUACAUUUACAGCACUUAGGUAUUAAAUAUUUGGUACCUAAUAUAGAGGAUUUGUGUAGUCCCCAAACUAACUUCACUCGCCACAGUAUAACUUGUUAGUGGCAGAUGAGCUUUUCGUCAUUAAUGUAAUUUUAAAAUUGUAAAGAUUCAACUUCAGCGAUAUAUAAAAUGUAUAAUUUAACAUUCUGUUUGGGAUGAGAGCAGUUAACUUUUUCUAUUCAUAAUUUUUGAGUCACAUCGCUAAUCAGCACACAUAAAUGUUAAAAUUAAAAAUAAUAAAAAAAAUCCAAAAAAAAAAAAAAAUAUGUAAAUACAUAUUUCAAAAUCUUAAUCUUGUGCUCUCUCCUUCAGAAACAAGUAGGUUUGUAACCGAUAGCUAUGUUGGUCUUGGUUACAUGCAGAUUUGUUGCAGUUCUUAUCAACCUUUUUGUUUUUCUUUUCUGUCAAAAUCUCACUAGAGGAAAAAUAAAAUUUUCUUGUAAGCCGGGGUAGUAGUACUCAAGGGAUUUCACAUUUUUUAAAUUAUUUGGUGCCAAAGUCGGGGCUGCAAUUCAGUUUAAUUAAGCCAUAACUUACUACGUAGCGAUAAACACUUGCGCAAUUGCAGUUUUUGUAAUAAUUUAUAUGGAAAAUAUUGUAAACAGCACGAUUUAAGCAAUGCGUAUACAACUAACUAUACAAUAUAAUGUACACAUUGGCACCGAUUAUUCUGUUCUAAAUAUUGUGUAGACGAUUUAGCCUAGGUGUUAAAUUCAUUAUUAAAUUGGAAUUUUUAGAUUUAACAGUUUACUCGAUUAAUUAGAAGUGGUUAUCCCUGAAAAUAGUUACCAUUUUCGUUACGUUAGGUUGUGCUUGCUACUCUGGUUCUUGCCACCUGUGGGAAGAAAAUAAAAAUAAACAAACCAAAA